AUGCCGGAAGAGGCCGGAUCCUCAACAGGAGGCGGCAGCGGUGGCCAGGCUUCUCGCGGACGAGGCAAUCGAAACAGAGGCCGAGGUGAUCGCAGCGGCCAGAAUAGCCGUGGAGGCGGCGGUCGACGCGGCCGCGGUGGAGGGAAUCGUGGCGGCGUCAAACAAGAUGGCUUGCCCGCAGAGCCCGCCGCGCAAGAUGUCGCUGUCGCUGCUCGUGCUGCCAAGGAAGAGGCCGGUGCCAAUGGCAUCGCAGCCCCGGCUCACAAGGCGACGCAAAAGCUCGACGAUGACGAUGAAGCCGAAGAUGUGUGUUUCAUCUGUGCGAAUCCCGUAGCGCACCACUCCAUUGCCCCCUGCAACCACAAAACCUGCCACAUUUGCGGCCUACGUAUGAGAGCGCUCUACAAGACCAAGGACUGUGCCCAUUGCCGAACCGAGGCUCCAUACGUCAUCUUUACAGAUGAUGCCGACAAGAAAUUCGAAGAGUACACGGCCUCCGAUCUCACUACUAUCGACACUAACAUUGGCAUCAAAUACACCAACGAGGACAUUGUCGGCGACACGGUCCUCCUCCUUCGAUACAAUUGUCCCGAUGCCUCGUGCGACUUUGCCGGCCUCGGCUGGCCCGACCUCCACCGUCACGUCAAGUCGACGCACAAGAAGCGCAUGUGCGAUCUGUGCACGCGCAACAAGAAGGUCUUUACCCACGAGCAUGAACUAUUCACCGACCGUGAGCUCGAGAAGCACAUGCGUCGCGGCGACGAUAAGCCCGGCGCCGCCGACCAGACGGGCUUCAAGGGCCACCCGCUCUGCGGCUUCUGCGGCGAGCGCUUCUACGAUGACGACAAGCUCUACGAGCACUGCCGCAUGAAGCACGAGCGAUGCUUCAUUUGCGACCGCCGUGAUUCACGCAAGCCGCACUACUUUGUCGACUACAACGCCCUUGAAGCGCACUUUAAGAAGGACCACUUUCUCUGCAACGACAGAGAGUGCAUGGAGAAGAAGUUUGUCGUCUUCGAGUCCAAUUUGGACUUGCAGGCGCACAACCUGGCUGAGCACGCCGGCGGCAAAACUGUCGGUCGUGAUGCCAGGACGGUGGACAUGGCAGGCUUCGAUCUGCGGCAGCCGUAUCAAGAGGAACGGCGCGGCGGCGGUGGCGGUGGCGGCGGCGGAGGCAGAGACGGAGAAGGCCGCGCAAGGGGACGAGGUCGCGGAAGGGGUAGAGACCCCAACGAGGACACGGUGCCUGCAGCAUACACGCAACCGCUCCGCCGAGACGAGAUUGCUUUCCAGCGGCAAAUGGCCAUUCACUCGGCCCAGUCAGUCUCCCAGCGCACAUUCGGCGGCCAACUAUCCGCUCCCGCACCAGCAGCCGCUUCUGCCGGCCGCGGCGGCGCCUCGCCACGUAAUGGCAGCUCCGCCAACACUCCCAACGUCCGCCCCGCGGCCGCCAGCCUCACAGAUCCCAUGGACAUGCUCUCCUUAAACGAUCCGGCCAACAUGACGCCCGAGGACCGCGCCCGUCUUGUCCGCCACAGCUCUGUCAUUGAGCGCGCCGCCAACCUCCUCGGCAACGACACCACUAAACUCGCCAACUUCCGCCAGCACAUUUCCUCGUACCAGCGGGGCUCACUCGCCGCGCCGCAGCUCAUUGACGCCCUCUUCACGCUGUUUGCUGAUGUGUCGUCAAAUGCGCUGGGUACCAUGACGCGCGAGGUCGCCGACCUUUUCGAGAACAAAACCAAGGCAGAUAACCUCCGUAAGGCCUGGCAGGAUUGGCGCGCAAUCAACGAGGACUACCCGAGCCUACCGGGUCUGAGCGGCAUGCAGGGCGAGACGUCAAGCUCGAGCGGCUGGGCGCACGCGGCUGCGGCCAAUCCGGCUGCGCCGCAUGGUGCCCCGGCGCAGAAGCACUCCAACCGCGUGCUGAAGCUUAAGAACAGCACGCGCCUCGGCGGCCCAGCACCCGUGACAAGGACUACGCCACCAGGCUGGACGCCGGCGGCGGCCCCUACUUCCCGUGCACCAGCGGCCGCGUCGUUCCCAUCUCUCGCCGCGCCGGCCCCUUCCAGGUCGGGCGGCAGCAGCAGAGCCGCCACCCCCUCGUCGUCCUCGCGGCCGUCGUGGGUUCCGGCGGCGUCUGUCGGGGCUGCUAUGCGCGCGAGCACCCGCGGCGGCGAAGACAAUUUUCCCGCGCUACCGGCCGCGCCCAAACCGACGACGACCAUUUUCGGCUACGGCGGCGGGCGUGGCGUGCGGCGCGACUAUGGCCACGCCGAGUCCAACUUUCAAUGGGGCGGCGCGGCGGCGGAUGCGACACCGGCCGAGGCAGCGGAGGUGGACGAAGGGAAAGGGAAGAAGGGCAAAAAGAAGAAGGUCCUUGUGUCAUGGGGAUAA